AAAAGGUCAGGGCAAUUGUUAAGCUCCAGAUCCCUGCGGGGGAGGCCACACCCGCACCGCCGGUUGGGACCGGCGCUUGGUCAGCAUGGCGUCAACAUCAUGGGCUUCGUCAAGGAGUACAACUCCAAGACGGCGAACCAGAAGGGCAACAUCGUACCCGUGGCGAUCACGGUGUUCGAGGACCGUUCCUUCACCUUCGUCACGAAGACGUCGCCCGCAUCCGACCAGUUGCGCAGGGCGGCGGGAGUCGAGCGGGGAAGCGCUGCUCCCCGGCGCGAGAAUGCAGGUAGGGUGACUGUAAGCCAGGUGCGGGAAAUCGCACGCAACAAGCUCGACGACCUGAACUCCUCGGACGUCGAGUCGGCAGUCGAGAUGAUCAAGGGCACCGCCCGAAGCAUGGGCAUUGAAGUUGUGGAGGGCUAG